UCGCGGACACUGUACGAGAAGUGCACUGCUGUGGUGUUGGGUUCUCCGUAUCUCCUGGACCGGGCCUCUCUCCACCUUCCUCGUGGGAUCUCCUACUUCCUCCUCUACCUGGCCCUGGAGUCCCACAACCAGCUGGCCGUAAAGAAACUGGUGGAAAAGUGGCCUCACGGAGACCUGACUCUGGACUUUCUGGCCCAAAGUUCGCUGUGCAGACGUCAUCGCUGCAGUGGUCCCCACUGCCUGGAGCCUCACGAGUACAUGGGAGUGUUCGGCAGCUACGCUCGCUACAGUAGUACCGACAUAGUGUCCAGUCUGUUGGAGGGAGUCUUCUACAAUCUCUACUACCACCACCGUGGCUUGCCGGUGGAGUUGGGUCUUCGCCAUGUGGACACGUCUUGUAUUGUGUUAGAUGCGGAGAAGUUUCCCCUUCUGUUGAGCCUGGUGAAAGGGACCUCACCUCUCUCAGAAAAUGGCAACGAUAGUGAAACCAAGUGUGUCAGUCUCUCCAGACUGCAUAGACCGAAUACGCACGAGCAGCCACCACCUUCUCUCUUUGUCAAUGUCCUGUUGAAAGGUAGGGACGAUGUUCGGUCUCUGAAUGAGGUGUGUUCACAUUGCCAAUGGGUAGAAGUCAAGCUAAAGGGAGUAAAUACACUUGGCCUACACUCUGUCAAAGAUUUGAAGGCCUUAAUGUGUCAUGUUGUUGGCCCUGCACACAUUUUGGAUGUGAACGGGUGGGAAAACUAUGCUUCAGAUGGUUCAGUCUCUCUGUGGGUGGAUUCUAAUGAGGCAGCUAAAGUCCCGCUCAGUUGCAAGGACCUACUGUUGCUAGGCUCAAGGUCUAGUCAGCGUCUUGCCAACGAGCUCUCUGUACUGUCUAGCCAUCCUCGAAAUCUACGAUCAUUCUGCCUUCUACGGCAGCAGGCAGGUGACGCUGAAGCUCUUGUCAUAAAGGCACUGGGUGUGCUAGUUGAAAGUGUGUCCUAUAGUCUGGAGUACCUGCAGCUACAAUGCUUGAGUUUCACUUCCGCAGAUCUCGGCUGGACAGGGAAAAUGUUCCAAGUUGCGAGUUCUUAGUGUGAAUUGUCAGGGUGACCCUGGGAAUGCCAGACCUAAGCACUCGGUGGCAGAGAUUCUCACAGCCAUCUCUCAGCUACCUCUCUUGGAGUUCUUCCACUGGUCUGAAGGACUCAACCUUACAACCCAGUCUCUUCUCUGCCUCCAUGGCCUCCUUGUGAAUUCCUUCAAGUCCCUCUGUCAUUUCCACGUGUGUUUCUCCUCGGUACUCCUCUCAACAACGGACUUGGUGAAUGACAAGUACUCCGUCUUGGAGGGAGUCCUGGUGCCACUAGUUGGUUUGAAAGAGGGUUCAGAGGCAGUCACUACGUAUAUCUUUGCUCUUGAAGGCAUCAAGGAUGUUCUUUUGGAGUGGCUCUCUUCACUGAGACCUCAGGUGUGCUUCAGACUAGGAAAGCAAGUUUCAAAACUUUGUUUAGAGCGGUAUGUUAGCUCACUUGAGGAAGGUUUAUCUUAAGAGUAUGCAAAAAUGUUGAUUUUUAAAUCACAAA